UAGCAUUUUUUUGGAGCACAGUAAAUAGUUAGAGACCAUGAACUCUUUGAACCAGCAUUUCGAGGAGAAGGUGCGGCCCUGCAUCGACCUCAUUGACUCGCUUCGUUUUCUUGGUGUACAGAAGGACCUAGCCCUGCCUGCCAUUGCCAUCAUCGGGGACCAAAGUUCGGGCAAGAGCUCGGUCUUGGAGGCACUGUCUGGGGUGGCUUUGCCCAGAGGAACUGGGAUUGUGACAAGAUGUCCUCUGGAACUGAAAAUGAAGAGACUAAGAGAAGGAGAGGAGUGGUUUGCACAGAUUACCUACAACGAUUAUACCAAGAUGAUCGAGGACCCGGCAGAUGUGGAGAAAAUGAUUCGCGAGGCUCAAGAUGAAAUGGCUGGCAUCGGGGUAGGAAUCUGCGAGAAUCUUAUUAGUCUGGAGAUUUUUUCUUCCACUGUUCCUGAUCUGACGCUCAUUGACCUGCCUGGCAUCACCAGGGUGCCUGUAAAAGAACAGCCGGAGAACAUCAGCGAUCAGAUAAAGAAACUGAUCUUGGACUUCAUCACCAAACAAGAAACCAUUAUUUUGGUGGUCGUCCCUUGCACCAUGGACAUUGCAACAACAGAGGCUUUAAAGAUGGCUCAGGAGGUUGAUCCGGAAGGAGAAAGGACUUUGGGGAUCUUGACCAAACCUGACCUGGUGGACAGAGGCACCGAAACCACCGUGGUCGAAAUUGUCCACAAUCAGGUCAUCCACCUAAGGAAGGGCUACAUGGUCGUCAGGUGCAGGGGUCAGCAGGAUAUCAACGAGAAGGUGUCACUCGCUGAAGCAAUAGCCAACGAGAAAGCCUACUUCACUGGCCAUGUGUAUUUCAACACACUUUUCGACGAAGGCCACGCCACUGUUCCUAAGUUGGCUGAGAAACUCACGCUGGAGUUGGUGCAUCAUAUUCAGAGGUCUCUGCCUCGGCUGGAAAAGCAGAUAGACGAUAAGCUAGCACAGACUCAAGCAGAGCUGGAGAAAUAUGGCACCGGUCCUCCGUCUGAACCAUCGGAGAGACUUUCCUUCUUCAUUGAUAAAGUGACACCAUUCUUGCAGGAUUCCAUCAGCCUCUCAAAAGGAGAGGCGCUGAAAUGUGGACAAAGCCUGAAUGUGUUUUUAAUGCUCAGAAGAGAGUUUAGGGAGUGGUACGCCCAUCUGAACAACGCCGGAAGGAAAUUCAUUGAAAGGAUGAACAGCGAGGUGGAGGACCAUGAAGAAAAGUAUCGCGGUAGAGAACUUCCCGGUUUCACCAAUUACCAGACUUUUGAGGUUAUGGUUCAGGAUCGGAUCAAGCAGUUGGAGGAACCAGCUCUCAAGAAACUCAAAGACAUAGGAGAUGCUAUCAAGAAAGUGUUCAUUCAGUUGGCCCAAAGUAGCUUCAGUGGAUUUCCUCACCUCCUGAACACAACAAAGGCAAAGAUCGAAGCCAUUAAGCAAGAAAGGGAGUCAACUGCAGAGACCAUGCUGAGAAACCAAUUCAAAAUGGAGCUGAUGGUUUACACUCAGGACAGGAUCUACAUUAACACUUAUAAGGCGUGUGAGGAGGAGGCGGAGCCCCGUGUGAGCAAGCCCAAAGUGCGUGAGGCACUGCGUGAUUCUGAUGACGAUGAUGAUGAUGACGAUUAUAACGAUCUUGAUGAGGAUGGUGAGGAUGAUCCAGUGGCCUGUCAUGUUACGCUGCAGCAAUGGAAGUUACCUCUGAGGAUUUAUUAUAAAAUUGCCAGCCAGCGUCUGGCUGACCAGAUCCCAUUGGUGAUUCGCUACCAGAUGUUGCAGGAAUUUGCUGUACAUCUGCAGAAGGAGAUGCUACUUCUGCUACAGGACAAGGACUACACAGACUUCUUGCUGAUGGAGGAUUUAGACAUUGAACAGAAAAGGUCCACUUUGCAGAGUUGUCACAAUCGCCUCAUGAAAGCAAAAGCAUACCUCAUGGAGUUUUAGAGGUCACAAGAAAGAAUUAUUGGAAAUGAAAUUAAGAAAACAACAAUUUUAUAUUUAUAGUUAAGACCCAACUGUUAUAAAAUCAUCCAUCUGUUCAUUUCAGGAUAAAACCUACUUUUGGUAA